UUGGGUCACUCAGGUCAAGAGUAAAGGAGAAGAGAGAGAGUGUUGUAACUUGUAACAUCCCUUUGACCAGAAUCAAAACUACUUCAGAUCUGAAAGGGCUUCUCUCGCCAGUCUCUGUCGCGUAUUCUCCGGCGUCGUUUCAUGAUCUGACUUUGGUCUCUUCUUCUCCCCUCUCUUUUUUUUGUUCUCUCUUUCUUUUACUUGGUCUACUUCUGAACAUGCCACGCCCUUUCUUCCACAAGCUGAUUUUCUCAUCCACUAUCCAAGAAAAACGUCUGAGAGUUCCAGAUAAGUUUGCGAGUAAAUUCAAGGACGAGCUAUCGGUUGCAGUUGCACUCACAGUACCAGACGGUCAUGUUUGGCGUGUAGGACUCAGGAAAGCUGACAACAACAAAAUCUGGUUUCAAGAUGGUUGGCAAGAGUUUGUCGACCGUUACUCCAUCCGCAUUGGCUAUCUUUUGGUCUUUAGAUACGAAGGCAACUCUGCCUUCAGCGUCUACAUUUACAACUUAUCACACUCCGAGAUCAACUACCAUUCCUCCGGUCUCAUGGACACUCCACACAACCACCUCAAACGCGCCCGUUUGUUUGAAGACCUUGAAGACGAAGACGCCGCCGCCGAGGUUGUUGUUUACUCUUCUUCUUCUUCGGUGUAUCCACCGUCAUCACAUCAUCCUGGAGUUACUGUAGCCGUUAAUAAAGGGUAUGCUAGUAGUAGUCCAGCUAUCCAGAGCUUCUUCGCUGGACCUGUUAAAGCUGAAGAGACAACACCAACCCCAAAAGUUGCUAAAAAGAGAGGGAGGAAGAAGAAGAACGCUGUUCCUGAGGAGAUAAACUCAUCUGCUCCACGAGAUGAUGACCCAGAGAGCCGUUCAAAGUUCUACGAGAGUGCUUCUGCUAGAAAGAGAACGGUGACUGCAGAGGAAAGAGAGAGGGCCAUCAAUGCAGCCAAAACGUUCGAGCCAACAAACCCUUUCUUCAGAGUUGUUCUCCGACCAUCUUAUCUAUACAGAGGCUGCAUCAUGUAUCUGCCUUCUGGUUUUGCUGAGAAGUACUUAAGUGGGAUCUCGGGGUUCAUCAAGGUCCAGCUCGGGGAGAAACAAUGGCCAGUGAGAUGCCUUUACAAAGCAGGGAGGGCCAAGUUCAGCCAAGGAUGGUACGAGUUCACCCUGGAGAACAACCUUGGAGAAGGUGACGUCUGCGUCUUCGAGCUGCUCAGAACCAGAGACUUCGUCCUGAAAGUAACAGCCUAUCGAGUCAACGGAAUCUAGUACUAGUCGUUUCCUUAUCGAUUGAUCUGCAGUGGAGGAGGAGGGAUAUCAAACUGCAAAUUUCGUGUAGGGUUUCUUUAAUUUAAAAAAUAACUAAACUCUCUUUCUCUCUCUCUUUCUAUCUAUCUCUGUGUCAUUGAGUCAGUUGUGUCGUUUUAUCUCGAUGUGGUCAUGUGGAUAAGUUGUUUUAUCAUAAUAUGUAACCUCCGUGUGCAACUCAAAAUUGUUUGAUUAGAAGUUAGGUUUAAGAGGUAAACACCUUUGGUAUAUACUUGUGCACCAAGUUUGUUAUUUUGUUGAUUCUUCCAACUUUUUCUCA